AUGGGAUCUAUAUUAUCUAUUUAUAACAAUAAAGUAAUAGCAAUAGAGAAUAGUAAUCAAACAAUACUUCCUGAUAUCAUUUGGAGAUAUAUAAUAGAGUUAUUAGCUAAUCAACAGUCUAGAUAUCAUCGACAUGACUGGAAUGUAUUGACACUCUCAUUGAUAUCACACUAUUGGUUGGUGAAAAUCAUUGCAAAAGUGAAUAUAAGAAUCACAACAUUGACAUCAAACACUGAAUUCAUUAAAAACUAUCCACUUUCAUAUGAAAGAUCAUUAUUAAAAUUAAAUAAUAAUAACAAUAAUAACGAUAAUAAUAACGAUAAUAAUAAUAAUAAUAAUAAUAAUAAUAAUAAUAAAAAUGAUGAUUGUUUAAAAUUUAAUCUAAGUAAAUUAACAUUAAUAUAUUUAAACCAAAUCGAUUCUUUUAUACCUUUAUCUUCGUUACCUCAAAAUAAUGUAAAAUUAAAUCAUUACCUUUGGAUAGAAGCCUACAAUGAUGCGUUGUCUAGAUAUUGGAGUGUAGAUUCAAUGACUAUCAUUAAUCUACCUUAUAACCAGAUAGUCGAACAACUUUCAAUCACCAGUGAACUUAGAGAGCUGAGAAUCUACCUUGAAUCAUCAGCCAAAGUAGAUGGAGCCAGUUUCCCUAAGCUUGAGAGAUUCGCACUGAAACAAAAGUAUCAAUAUCCAGUGAGUUCUUUCGAUCUAUCGAAAAAGUGCAAUCUACUAUCGCUGUCGCUGACCGGGCAAUUCAAUCAAUUCGCUCUCUUUGAGAAGGCCGAUCCUUCAUGGUUCCAUAGCAUCCAAUCAUUCCAACUGAAUCAUGCUCACAACGUAGAAUGGAAUAACGAAACGAGUGCGCUCAAUACGAUGAUCAGUAUCGAUCUAUCGGCUUGCUUUAUCAAUGUUACACAACUGAAACUUGGUCAUUCCUACCAUAGAAUUGCACAAUACUCUGCCAUGACCAAGAACAACGGCCAGCCAAUAUCAAUAUUAAGCGAACUGAGACAUCUUAGAUACCUAUCGAUUACCAACCACGCAAGACAUGGACAGAUCUGGAGAGACGGCUUCAAUCUUAGACAAUCGGCAUUGUUUAUUGAUUAUCAAUCCGGUUUGACCAGAACUGUUUUCCUCAUGGACAUGGCAUCGAUAGGUCAUCAGCUUCACACUCUCAAGCUUAAAGGUGAAUGUUGUUCACUUUUCGGUGGUCUACUCUCUGCGUUCCACUAUCUAUGCAACCUACAGAGACUGACUCUUGGGUUCUAUCCUCUCGAUGAUCCAGCACUGAUAACUCAAAUAUUGAAAUCAACUACACUCACUCGUCUAUCAGCCAAAAUUACAGAUAACAGUAUACUUGAUUCAUUAAUAACAAAUAACAAAUCAAUUAUUUCAUUAAAGAUCGACAAUCAUCAGAAUUCAGCGGAAAGACAUCAACAACUUGUCAAGCUUUCAACAGAGAACGCAACCCUUCAGGACAUUCGUUUGAUGUGCAUUGAAAUCAACAAUGACAGUGUCAACACAUCGGAAAUAACUUAUAUAUUGAGACAAAAUAUGAAAUAUAAAUAUCCAAAGAGUCUAUGUGUUAUUUGA